GCCGCCUCGGCCUUUUCUCGCCUCGCUCCUUGUUCUCCCUGGGAGCUGCUGCUGAGUCGCUCCGCUCCCUGAGACCGCCCGCCAGCUUGACCCAUCUUUGCCCGACUCCUCAGCCAUGAUCAUCUACCGCGACUGCAUCAGCCAAGAUGAGAUGUUCUCAGAUAUUUACAAGAUCAAAGAAGUGGCCAGUGGGCUCUGCCUGGAAGUGGAAGGGAAGAUGGUGAGCAGAAAAGAAGGUGUAAUAGAUGAUGCUUUAAUUGGUGGAAAUGCAUCUGCUGAAGGUCCAGAAGGAGAAGGGGCAGAGGCCACCGUUGUCACUGGUGUUGACAUUGUAAUGAACCACCACCUUCAGGAGACAAGUUUCACUAAAGAGUCUUACAAGAAGUACAUCAAGGACUACAUGAAAGCAAUCAAAGCCAGACUUGAGGAAACAAAGCCAGAGAGAGUAAAGCCGUUUAUGACGGGAGCAGCUGAACAAGUCAAACAUAUCCUUGCAAACUUCAAAAAUUACCAGUUUUUUGUAGGUGAGAACAUGAAUCCAGAUGGAAUGGUGGGAUUGCUGGAUUUCCGUGAGGAUGGUGUCACCCCAUAUAUGAUUUUCUUUAAGGAUGGAUUAGAAAUGGAAAAAUGUUAACAAGAGAUCAACCCUUCUGGAUCAUCAUCAUAAUUGGCUGCUGCUCUUUAUUCAUCAACAAAACAUCAUGCCUCAGCAUUGCCUGAAAACUGGACUGAUGCCAUCUUGAGCUUAAUUUGAUUUAUUUUGACCCUGAAUUAAUUGGAGUGGAGGCAUUGGUUUUUAAAAACUUGUCAUGUAGGCUGUCUAAAAUAAAAAAAACUAAUUUAAACCCAGCAUAGAUAAUGCCUCUUGGUUUAAUGCGUUGAGCAGGGUUCUUCAGCAAGCUUGUAGCUCUUGUGCAUUUGGAUUUUUGACAUCUCAGUAGUAUAGCCUGGCCUAAUGCGUGUGUAAGACUGUCUUCAGAUAUUGGUGACCCUGGAAGUGGAAGAUCAGCCAGCCACAAUUGCUUCUUAAACACCUGAAAAUGACUAGUAUAGAAGAAGGCUUCAUUCUGAAGUGGACCCUGCUUCUUGCUGUUCAACAAACCGCAAUAACUAGCUAGAGGACAAAAUUGGAAGACUGAAUAUGGACUGUACUACUUUGAGUUCUUCACCAGUCAAGGAGGAAUGGAUUUCUUCAGUUUAUCAUGGCAAAUUAUGACUGUAAGGCAGCGGAAAUGGAGAAACAAUCCUUGGUGGCAAAAACAAGCAUAUUAGGCAGGGACUCUGCACACGCGAGGCAUUGCUUAUAUGCUGUAGUUUGACGUAAUUGUAACUUAAAAUACAUAAGUAAUACUGGUUUAAUCCCAGGAUGCUA